GUAGUGAAUGUGUACGUCAGCGUUGUGUGUGUGAAUGUUUCAUAUUGAUUUAUGAAUAUAAUAGUAUUCGCGUGGUUGCACAGGUAGCAUUAUAGUGACAGAGGUGUUCAGUAAUUCACUUUUUUUCUGUCUAUGGAUUUUUUGCAGCUGCUAUCAUGGGCGUGCAUCGUAUUUACCGUCGGGAUGUUCUCGACAGGAUUGACCGACCUAAAGAAAAUGAAAGCCUCUCAGAGUGCAGAUAAUGUUCAGUUCCUGCCCUUCCUUACCACAUGCCUAAAUAAUCUAGGAUGGCUGUACUAUGGAUUACUUAAGGGAGAUGGAACAGUCAUACUUGUCAACACCAUUGGGGCCAUUUUACAGACUAUAUACAUCAUUACCUAUUGUCAUUAUACCAAAGAGAAGAAGCGCGUGCUGACACAGACACUGGUGAUGGUGUGUGUGUUGUGUGUAGGCUGGGUGUAUUUUAGUAUGCUGAUUCCUCCUGGACAAACACAGCUGUCUCAGCUGGGACUGGCCUGUAGUGUGUUCACUAUCAGCAUGUACCUCUCUCCUCUCACUGAUCUGCUGCAGAUCGUACGCAGCAAGUCCGUAGAUCGGCUGUCAUUUUCCCUGACUGUCGCUACAUUUUUUACAUCCACAUCAUGGACGCUGUAUGGCCUUCAGCUACAAGACUAUUAUAUCAUGGUGCCCAACACGCCAGGCAUCUUUACUAGCCUCAUCCGCGUCUACCUUUUCUGGAGGUUUGGAGCAGUCUUUGAAAACAAGCCCACGUAUAAACUCAUCCAGAUCUGACCAAUUAAGUGUCUUCUUAACUUUCCUUUAGUUCAGGGGUUCCCAAACCUUUCAGCCCUCGGCCCCCAAAAUAACAUUGCCAGUGACUCGAGACCCCCACUAUCCUCGGAGGUGGUUAAAGUAUACAAACAUUGCGCACAACUGCGCACAUGCACUUAUUAGGUCUAUCCAAACAUGUGCAUAACGACAACACAGAAGAGCACAGU